AUGGCAACUUUGAUGCCAACUACUGGAAAACUUCAAUCGAAUCCAGGAGAAAAAUCAGUUGUUCAGAAACUAUACAGAUCUAUGAUAUGGAGCUUGCUAUAUAUAACUGCAACAAGACCAGACAUUGCUUUUAGUGUGGGAUGUUGUGCUACAUUUCAAGCAGAUCCUAGAGAAUCACAUCUCAAAUCUGUAAAACGAAUCAUUAGAUACGUUAAUGGUACACUAGAUUAUGGUUUAUCAUACUCUAUGGAUACGAACGAUAGUCUUGUUACCUAUUCAGAUGCUGAUUGGGAAGGAUGUGUAGAAUAUCGUAAAAGCACCUCUGGUGGUUGCUUCUAUGUUGGUCAAAAUCUUAUAGCUUGGCAUAUCAAGAAACAGAAUUCAAAGUCCUUGUCAACCUGUGAAGCAGAAUAUAUUGCUGCUGGUACAUGUUGUACCUAA